CGCCUCAAGCCUCACUCUGACACAGAACUGGCACAGCAAGCAACAUGCGUCUCCUGGAAGCCUUCUGCACCCUCGUCCUCCUCAGCACCUUCAUCUGCAGCACUCAGUCAGCGAGCUGCUGUCUGAGUUACACCAAGCGUAUGCUGCCAUGCGUACGGAUAGUGGAUUACAGCAUCCAGACCAUCAACAAGUCAUGUGACAUCAACGCCAUCAUCUUCCAUGUCCGAGGCAGGUUUGUGUGUGCCGACCCUUCACAGACCUGGACCCAGAGCAGGAUGAGCUGUGUCGAUGAAAAGAAGAAGAAGCAGGCUCAGAUCAUCAAAAAAAGAACUCCUGGAUCAGCAUGAACUCCUUAAAACAGUCUAUUUAUAUAUAUAUAUUAGCGGCUCCUAUAUUUGUUUUUAUUAUAAUUCUAACUGAUAGGAUUUUUGUUUGACUUUUUCUUAUAUAUGUUCUGUUUUAUAAACAGGGAAGAGUAGUAGCUGUAGCUACAGUGCCCUAUCACCAAAAACCAAAACUAGAAAUGAAAUAUUGCUUAUGAAAAGUAUGGCAAUUUCUUUUUUUUCUUUUUGCUUAAUUUUCCAACUCUGACAGUCCCAUAUUGUGGGUUUAAGUUUUGAAUGUGAUACACAACAAU